CUUUCAAAUCUCAUUAACCUACGAAAGCACAGCAUGUAUGAACCUUCUUUUAUUCUCUCUUUUUAGGGAGAAGAAAAGAAGGAGAGUAGUGGAGCUGACUGAGAAGUUAGUGAUGAAUUGGUAGAAGUGGCGGAAGGUUUGAGGUUACUAGACAGGAGGAAGGUUAACGUUAGCUAGUUAGCUGGAGAAGAUAACCUAAUACUGGUUAUAAACUAAGUAUUCAAUGUUAAUAGCUAAGCCAUGGGCAAAAAAUACUGACUAGUUGAGCGUGAGUAGCUAACAUAUCUAUACAGUGAGUAUUGGAUUGUAUCAUUUACCUCAAAGCAAAAGCAGAGGACUUCACUGUACCUCUUCACUGUUGACAUGUUAGCUAUUCACUUACUUUGAGCUGUCCUGGCAAAAGAAUAGAUUAACACAUCAGAAAUAUGCAAUUUUAACAAAAUACUCUAUAGAGCGCUAACAUUAAAACAGUGGAUAUUAAUACAAUACUCAUUUGGUUUCUUUAACGUCUUUAAUUAUUGCAUGAUCUGCUGUUAAGAGUAAAUAUAAACUUACCCUUAGGAUCUAAAAGUUAAUCACAGUAUUCAGUUGAGGUCUAGAUUGAGUUAAAUGUUUGCAUGGUUUUUCUGUGACAGUAAUAUGCAUGCCAUCUACCAUUAAAUAAUCAGUCAGAGGUGCUGCUGCUGACAGAUGUUAAAUGUACAUGUUGUUGUCUACAGGAUGGUGGUUGAUGGAGGCAGUGGACACACCUGUGAGUGGGACGGGCGAUGGAACCAUAUCAAAAAGUUUCUGGAAAGAUCGGGGCCCUUCACGCAUCCCGACUUUGAACCAAGCACAGAGUCAUUACAGUUCAUGCUACAAACCUGCAAAAUCUUGGUCAUUGGUGCCGGUGGUCUGGGAUGUGAGCUUCUUAAAGACCUGGCUUUAUCUGGUUUUCAUAACAUUCAUGUUGUCGACAUGGACACCAUUGAUGUUUCUAACCUGAAUCGACAGUUCCUUUUCAGGCCAAAAGAUGUGGGUCGACCAAAGGCGGAUGUUGCAGCUGAUUUUAUCAACAGUCGCAUACCUGGAUGCUGUGUGGUGCCACAUUUUAAGAAAAUACAAGACUUUGAUGAAACAUUCUACAGACAAUUUCACAUAAUUGUCUGUGGGCUGGACUCUAUCAUUGCCAGGAGGUGGAUGAAUGGUAUGCUGCUAUCUUUACUGGUGUAUGAAGAUGGUGUCUUGGACCCGAGUUCCAUCAUUCCUCUAAUUGAUGGUGGGACAGAGGGCUUCAAGGGCAAUGCCAGAGUCAUUCUUCCUGGCAUGACCGCUUGCAUUGACUGCACACUUGAGCUUUACCCUCCUCAGAUCAACUUUCCCAUGUGUACAAUAGCCUCCAUGCCACGUUUGCCAGAGCAUUGCAUUGAGUAUGUCCGCAUGUUGCUGUGGCCCAAAGAGACACCCUUUGGAGAUGGUGUGGGCCUGGAUGGGGAUGACCCAAAACACAUCCAGUGGGUGUACCAGAGAUCUCUGGAGAGAGCAGCAGAGUUCAACAUAACAGGAGUCACAUACAGACUUACGCAGGGUGUUGUAAAGAGGAUAAUCCCAGCUGUAGCGUCUACAAAUGCUGUAAUAGCUGCUGCUUGUGCAACUGAGGUUUUCAAAAUAGCAUCAAGUGCCUAUAUACCUCUGAAUAACUACAUGGUCUUCAAUGACGUUGACGGCCUGUACACCUACACUUUUGAGGCAGAACGAAAGGAAAGCUGUUCAGCCUGCAGCCAAGUACCUCUGGACUUGCACUUUUCUCCAUCCUCCAAACUCCAGGAGAUAUUAGACUACUUGACUGAAAGCGCCUCAUUACAAAUGAAAUCACCUGCUAUUACGGCAACAGUGGAAGGAAAAAACAAAACCUUAUAUUUACAGUCUGUUGCUUCAAUUGAACAGAGGACACGGCCAAAUUUGAACAAAACCCUCACAGAGCUGGGGCUGUCAGACGGACAAGAGCUGGCUGUUGCUGACGUCACCACACCCCAGACCAUGUUGUUCAGACUCAGCUUUACCUCAUAGGGCAAACUCAAGCACUCCCCCAACUGGUUGAUGUCAUUCUUGUUUCUUGGCCAGCCAUGACUUGAUUCAGAAUAUUUAAAAUGGCCUAAAAACUAGAACAGUUUACAGUGUAUUCAGUCACAGUGUAAAUGAUUGUAGCUAAUUUCAUUGUAUUUAUGUUUUGCACUGAAAAGCCAAAUCAUAGUUCACAUCUUUUCAUGUUUUGGUGAUGCAUUGUUUGUGAUUGUUAAGGAUUUCUGCAUUAAUGUGUUAUCUGCACUACAACCUGAAAACCUGAAGUGUGCUCUGUGUAAAGAAAGAGACAAGCAAUGAUUACUCUGUACUUGUUAUAGUUUUGAAUAUAUUGAAUAUUUAUUUAUUCCAACGCAGUUGUUUUUAGUUGCAGUAACCACUGAAUUGGUAAAUAAGAGACUCUGAAAAUGAUGAGAGAA